AUGUCCGUUGCUGUACUAAGUGAAUUAAGAUUAAGAUUUAUCUCAGCGCACCAUAAACUUGAAUAUGACAAUAAGUAUGAAGUAGAGAACGCCAUUGGAGCCUAUCAUGUUAGAUUUGUAGGAGGAUGCGGUAUAAAAUGUGUAUCAAAUACGCGUUGUUUAUCAUACUUCUAUCACAAUCUGACAGGAAUGUGUAUUUUACACUCAGAUUCGUUCACCCAUACUGUGAUGUCAUCGUCAGCGAAAGGGUGGAAAUUUUACCUUUCACAAGAACGAUUCAUAUCGGAAUGUUCAUUGGGUGGAGGAACCUGUGACAAGCUUGAUAGUUGUGAUGGAGCCCAUAGCACUGGCGGCUGCAGUUAUAGUUCAAAUGCUGUAUGUUGCUUUGACAAGUCCUAUGGCAGAGAUGGGGUAUGGCCUGGAUACUACGUACAUAAUGGUGUUCAAUACUCCUGGUCGAUGUCUAUACAGUUUGACCGAAAUUCCAUAACCGGAGGAGGAUCCGAUAGUGUUGGCACUUUCACUAUUGACGGAUCUUUGAAUCCAUUGUCUAAAGAUAUCAAUUUUGUGAAAGCGUAUACUUCUCAUAAUGUAUCUUACACUGGUCAAGUAACUGGUCAAGUAACAGCUGACGUGUGUACAAUGUAUGGUCAGUAUACAUUUGGAAGUACGACUGGGGCUUUUAACAUGACAAUUUGUACUUGA